UUUCUCUUUCUUUUAUACAAUUCUGUUUUUUGGUAUAUACUCUAUAUUCUCCCUGUUAGACCAGUUCUUUUUCUAGAAAGCUUUGCCUAAAUCUACUUCUCCUCUUCUUGUAUAAAUCUUCCAAUUUCCUCUCUCAUUCUCCGUCAAACACACGAAAGAGCAUGGGAGAAAACAUGGCUAGUAUUCAAUAUCUUCAAGACGACCCAGCUGAAGAGGCAGAAGAAGCACUUUCUCUCUGUGACCUUGCCUUAGAUUUAGAUGCCAAUGGCAACUCUGAUAAUGACUUGGGAAAAUUGCCUGCCCAAUCUCGAAGAUCAUCGUCCGAGGCUGCCCCUGAAUUUUUUGAGUUUCUCAGCGACGUUAGCUCUGAUAUGUGCCCAGCUGACGACAUAAUUUUCUGCGGCAAACUCAUUCCUCUGAAGCAACAACCCGUUUCCUUUCAAAGGCAAAAAGGUUACCCUUCUGAUGAAAAGAGAAAAAACCAUGUUUUACGCAAACGAUCCGAGUCACUCUCCGAGUUACGCAGCAGCUCCAUGACUCGUUCCAGCAGCACCAAGAACACUACACUUCUCAGGAACAGCCGUUCCUUGGAUUAUCAAAAGCUUCACCGUUAUGAGAUGGAGAGGAACCCUUCGACAAGAAGCGCUGGAAAAACCCAUGUUUUACCCAAAAAAGCUGUAAAGCCAAGGUGGUACGUUUUCAUGUUUGGAAUGGUUAAGUUUCCACCGGAAAUGGAGCUUCAAGAUAUCAAAAGCCGGCAGUUUGGACGGAGUCCUUCGGUUAUGUUUCCGCCGAUGGAAGAUGGGGGCAAGAAGUUCGCCGGUAACCGGUGCUCCGGCAAGGGUUCGUCUUGGAGUUUGUUAAAAGCGCUGAGUUGCAGGGAUCACACUAGCGUUGCUGUAACGGCGUCGUUCUGGAUGCCUCAAGCCUAGGAGUAGCACCUAUGGUUUUACUUUUGGAUCACCUCUCUGAUAUUUUUCUAGUGGAUUUUCGCAUAAGAGCGUAUUUUGGUAAUUUCAGUAUGCUUGAAGGGUAAAAAAAUUACACUAAUGACGACUAUACGUAGACGGGAGGAUAAUGUACGGUAGCGGUCCAUUGGUGAUAAUGUCCUCUCACUCUCCACUUAUUGAUUUUAUUUAUUUUUCGUUUAUUGUUAAUUUUUUUAUUUUUAGUAUGUUGGGUAGCUAUAGAAAUUAAUGAUAAUCACGAGAGUCCGUACAAUGACAUUAUUGAUCAUAUCACCAAUAUUUAUUAAAUUCAUUUUGUAAUACUUAGGUCAGAAAAUACACGUCACUUUUGGACUUUUGCUUU